GGUCUCGGGCACUUAGGCGGACCGGCGGGCGCCGGACCCCCAGGUGGAGCGACAGGUCUCGGGCCCCCAGGCGGAGCGACAGGUCUCAGGCCCCCAGGCGGGGCGGCAGGCGCCGGACCCCCAGGCGGAGCGGCGGGCGCCGGACCCCCAGGCGGAGCGACAGGUCUCAGGCCCCCAGGCAAAGCGGCGGGCACCGAGUCACCAGGCACGACAGUGGGCUCCGAGUCAACUGGCAUGACCGCUGGCACUGGGUCAGACAUUGGAUCGUCUGGCUGGACAGCGGGCAUCGGGUCACCAGGCAUCAAGUCAUUUGGCUCGACAGCGAGCACCGCGUCAUCUGGCAAGGCAGUGGGCUGGGUCACCAGGCAUCAGGUCAUUUGGCUCGACAGCGGGCACCGCCGAGUCAACAGGCACGACAGUGGGCAUCGGGUCAUCAGGUACCGGAUUGUCUGGCUUGACAGCGGGCACCGGGUCACCAGGCAUUGGAUCGUCUGGCUCGACAGCGGGCAUGGGGGUCACCAGGCAUACCAUUGUCAUUUGGCUCGCCAGAUCGGGCACCGGGCAUCGGGUACGACAGCGGGCUCUGAGUCAAUUGGCACGAUAGCGGGCACCGGAUCAGGUACCGGAUCAUCUGGAUCAACAGCGGGCAUCGAGUCAACUGGCCUAAUAGGAUCGUCAGGCUGGAUCAGUUCAUCAUUCUGGGUAGAGGCAUCAGGCUGAAUGCCGGCGUCCGGCUGAGUAGAGGCUUCAGGCUUCAGGCCGAGUAGAGG